CGAGUAAAGCUAGGUUUGCCAAACCGAAGAGCCGAAACCGGCCUUUAGGGAGAAACAAAAAAAAAAAAAUCCCCUACUCCUUCUCUUUCCUUUUCCCCUCUCUUGCGAUUUUUCUCCAGAAGAGAAAAAAAAUGGCGGCAGCUUCUAGAAAAUCAAGAAGCGCAGUAAUUGGAUCCCUCUCAUCUACUCCUAGAUUCUACAACUCUCACUUUCGUUCUCACACUUCUUCUUCUUCUUCACCCUCAGGUUUUGCCUCCUCCACUUCCAGCUUCUCUUCUGGUCCCACCACCUUUUUAAACCGCUCCUCCUCUCCCACGCGUGUCAACCUCUGCGGUUCCUCCGCUCCCUCCGUCCGGUUCUCCCUCGACCACCGCUCCGUCUCCCCGAACCGCUCCAUCGCGGUCGCACCGCGAAACGCCGCGUCCAGGCAGGGGAGUAUUAACCCGCACCAGCCGAAGCGGACAUGCAUGUGCUCGCCUACGACGCACCCUGGCUCCUUCCGCUGCAGCCUCCACAAGAAGAGCCACGCGACGGCACCGGCGCCGUACUCGCCUAAUCGCCUCAACGCGCGCAGAUCCGCGAUGACGAACUCGCUCGUGAGAAUUCGUGGAGUUGAGGGAGAUCUCGUCAAGCGAGCUCUCGCAGCGUUGAUUCGACCUUCCUCUCACCAGCAGAGACGGCGUGGAGACUUUCACCCGAGGCCGAGUAGGCUCUCCGUUAUGACAAAAGCAGAGGACCUUUGAAUCGAACGACGCUUUGGUUUUGGCUACCUUCACUAUUCCGUGCCACGGCGGCAGCGGCGACGGAUCCUGUCACGCUGGCUUGGGAUCUGACGGAUUUCAAAAUCUAACGAAAAUUGAUUAUGUGCUUGGUCUGUGUGCGUGUGUAUCUGUGUGUACAUAAUACAGAACUUAUAUUAAUCAGUUGCAGCCAUUGAUGGCCAUUCGUGGAGCUUCUGGACCUAAUUUUAAGGAAAAUGAUUUUUGAUUCAAAAUUAAAACAAACAACAAAUCCUAAAUUAAAAUUCAAUUCUAGAUCCAGUCUAAACUUUGUUCAUAACAAUCUUCUCUGUCUUUCAAUUUUUUUCCGCUUCACUAUAGAUUCUCUGUUUUAUUUUUAUCUUUUUUGUAAAACUUUUUAACACCUCCCGUGACGUGACGUUUGUCAUAAACUUUUCCGUGGUAUUCGCUUGUCACUUCUUCAUCUCAGCCUUGUGUUUUUUAUCAACUAGGUCUUUUUUGAAACUGUUUGUUUUCUUUCAUCUUUUGAGUUUACUGUCCUGUAUGGGUUUGGCUUGGUGUAAAUACGUAUUAAUGUUUUUCCGUUAUGAAUUUAUUUGUUUAUUUAUAAUUAUGCUGUUUUAAUGUUGUGAUUUGAUAUUAAAUAAUUGUUUGUUUUGCAGGGAAUAUAUUUUGGGUGGCUAGUGGGGGAGGGCAACACGGAAGAAGAUAACGCAUAACGGGACUGUGUUGGGUACAAGAACAGGAUAAAGUUGUGUUGAAAGUUUAGUGUGAUUGUAAAACACAUAAUCUUUAUCCUGAAUAGUGUGAUUGACUCACUGGAUCCCAUGGCUGGAUGAAAUGAUGAAUGGCAAUGGCGUGAAUAUAUUUGUGGAAUGUGACGUCCGGCACAAGAAUUGGAGUAGAAAAUGACUUGACUCUCAAAAGAAGAAAAACAUUAUGGGAUGGGUAUUUCUCAUGGUAAAGGAAAACAUUACUAUACAAUUGCAUUCUUUCAUAAAAGAAAAAGAUAAAUUAUAUGAUUUUAAAGUGUUUUUACACAAUAUUUUAAUUUUAUUUUAAUAUAUUUAAAUAAACAGAACUUUUUGAAGUUUGUAAAUAAAAGUUAAAUGUUUAUUUUUUAUUUUCUUUAAAAUUGGUUUUCAUUAAAAACAGUUUCUCUUUGCACUUUCUCUGAGGCGCAAAUUUAAAGGGUAAAGAAUUUCAUGUGCAAAUUACUUUUUUAUUUUAGUAAGUAUAGGAAGGUUUUCAUUCUUUCUUUAAUCUCUUGGAUUGUUUGUUUAGAGAAGAUAUUGUUGGUAGAAGGGGUUGAUCUUUAUGAAUAUAUUGAGAUUUGAUUCGAUUUUGAAAAGUGUAAAGAAAAUUUUCUUGAGCUUAAAAAUAUCGGUUUUGGGUUGAGUGUUGCUUAAGGGAUUGAAAGCACACUAUUUAACCUUAUGUGCCAAUGAAGAAAGUAAGAUUACAAAAAAGAGAAAAGAAAAAGAAAUAGAGCAUAAAGUUUCUGAGUUAAACCCUCCAUAGCCU